CCCAGACGGAGCUGCUUCCGCGCGCCGCCGGCCCACACGAUGGCCGGUUUCGAGCCGCGGGUCGAGUACCUGGAGAGCUUCCGCUGCCCACUCGGGGGCCUGGCGGCGGGCAAGCCCCGCGUGCUGUGCCACGGCGCCGAGAUCUUCGUGUCCACCGGGAGCGAGCUCGUCUACGUCUACGACCAGGAGGGGAGGCUGCUGACCGCUGUGUACAGGUUCCCUGGCCAGGUGUGGCACCUGGAGCUCCGGGCUCUCGGCAGGCUGCUCUACGUCCUGUGCGCCCAGAAAGGCAUCUACUGCUUGUCGUUGGACCAGGCGAGCAGGUCUGUGAACCGAGGUGAUGGGGAUGACAGGGACAGCGAGGACAGUGAGGACGGCGAGCCCCCUUGCGCUGUGAUCCCCGUGCACCCAGAUGCCUGCCUGCUCCCGGAUGACACUCUGUGUGCUUUCACUGUGGUCGAUGACAUGCUUGUCACCCUGGCACAGGGCCCUGCCCUGUGGAGGGUACAGCUGUCUGAGUGCCCCUGUCCAGGGGAGGGCGCCAGACCCGGAGGCCACAUUGGCGAGGUGGAGUUGUCCACCUCCAGCCCCCUGGCUGGGGCCCCCGGGGAGCCCGCAGCCCCCCGCAUCUUCCCAGUGCUGUGCUGUGCGUCUCCUCCGGGCAGUAGUGCUCUGCAGACCCGCACGCGGGGCUCCAGGGGCUUCUCGCUGGAACAGGCCCUCUUUGGGCUACUCUUUGGAGUUGAUGCCUCCCUUCUAGAAUCACCAGUGAUCCUCUGUGGUCUCCCCGAUGGCCAGCUCUGCUGUGUGGUCUUGAAGACCCUGGUCACCUCGAGGUUGUCCCCAGGCGACCCGAAGGCCCUUGUCAAGAUCCUCCAUCACCUGGAGGAACCCGUCGUUCUCAUCGGGGCCUUGAAGACAGAGUCGUUGCCCGAGGACGCGGAGGACACACCCCCUGACUGCCUAGUGGCACUUGGUCACGGUGGCCGGAUCCUGGCCAUCAAGGCCAGCUGGGACAAGGCAGGGACUCUGGUGCCAGAGCUGCAGGAGUACUGGCUGCCGGGGCCUGUGCUCUGUGCGGCCUGUGGCGGGGGGGGCCGUGUGUACCAUAGCACCCCCUCGGAGCUCUGUGUCGUGGACCUGGCUCGGGGACGUGCCCCCGAGGGGGGCCCGGGAGGCCUGCCGUCUCUGCUGUGUCCAGCUGGUUUAGGCAUCUGCAGCGUCGUCACCCUCUCUGUGUCCUCCGAGGUGCCCGAAGGUGGUGCCAGGCUCCUGGCCCUGUCCGCCAGGGGCCGCCUGAUGACCUGCAGCCUGGACCUGCGCUCUGAGAUGCCGUGCCCCACCAGAGCCGCUAUGGCUGAUACUGGCCAAAAGAUUAAGGAAUUGCUUUCUGGAAUCGGCACCGUCUCUGAGAGAGUGUCUUCUCUGAAGAAGGCAGUUGACCAGCGGAACAAGGCCCUGACGUGCCUCAACGAAGCGAUGAACGUGAGCUGCGUCCUGCUGGCCGGCCGGGAGGGCGCCAGGCCCAUCUCGUGCACCACCACCGCCGCCUGGAGCCGCCUGCAGCCGCAGGACGUGCUGACAGCCACCUGCCGGCUGGAGAACAACAGUGGCCUCAGUCUGGACCGGGGCUGGGCCUUGUGCGUGCAGGUGCUGACCGCCCCCGCCUCGGACCCAGACGCGGCUGGCUCGGCCACCACCUACACCGUCCCCGUGGACCGGCUGGGCCCUGGCGAUCGGCGGGAGGUGACGCUGCCCCUGGGCCCUGGGGAGGAUGGCGCCCUGGACCUGCCCCUGACCGUGUCCUGCGCACUACACUACAGCCUCAGGGAGGUUGUGGGCGGGGCCCUCGCCCCCUCGGAGUCUUUCACGGACCCCUCUCUGGAUGAGUGCCCCUCUGACGUCUUGCCUGAGCAGGACGGCAUCUGCCUGCCCCUGAGCGAGCACACUGUGGACAUGCUGCAGUGUCUGCGCUUUCCUGGCCUGGCCACACCCCACACGCAGGCCCCCGGGCUGCUCGGCCCGGUGAGCGACUCUGUGGACACCUUCUUGGGAUCUCUCGGGCCACGCAGCGAGCCGGCGGGACCUGCUUCCCUGCGGGCCAAGUUCCUGCCCCCGUCGGUGGCCACGAUCAAGGUGUCCGCAGAGCUUCUGAGGGCCGCCUUGGGGGACAGUCACGCAGGCACGUCCCUGGGCUGUGCCACCCUGCAGUGGCUCCUCGCUGAGAACACGGCCCUGGAUGUCGUGCGGGCCCGACGGCUGUCCUCGGUCCAGGGAGUGGCCCCAGAUGGCACUGACCUGCACCUUACCAUCCGAGAGGUGACUGUGACCCACCUGUGCACAGCAGGGCCCAUGCAGACCGUGGAGAUCCAGGUGGAGAGCUCCUCUCUGUCUAGCUUGUGCAGUGCACACCACGCGGUCAUCGGGCGGCUGCAGAGGAUGGUUGUGGAGCACGCUGCCCAGAGCUCCAGCCCACCUGACCUCCGUGUGCAGUAUCUCCGCCAGAUCCAUAUCAACCACGAGACACUGCUGCAGGAGGUGCGGGCCCUUCGGGACCGGCUGUGCACGGAGGACGAAGCCAGCUCCUGUGGCACUGCCGAGAGGCUCCUGCAGGUGUACGGGCAGCUCCGGAGCCCCAGCCUCCUCCUGCUGUGACGCCUCGUGGGCCCCGCCCCCGCCACAAGCCAGGCGCCCCCGUGGCAUUAUGGAGAGACGCCCAGGGCACCAGAGGCUGCUUCCCGCCGCCUGACCCUGGCUGUGGCUGUGGGGUGGGGGAAGGCAGGUGAGCUGGGCCACUGAACGGGACACGGGGCCCGCGACUGCUCCAGGGCGUGUGUAAAGCGCGUCGAUCACAGGCGCCCGGGGGACCGGGCUCUGCCCUUGCGGCCCCGUCCGCCCUGGCCCGAGCCGGCCCACAGCGUUCCCCUCCCUUGGACAGCCACCCAUGGCUCCCGCGGCACCUGGUCGAGCUGGGCAGUCUGGCCUGGAGCACUGGGGCUGGAUCAGCGGCCUCCCCUCCCCGCAGAAGUCGGGCCGCGGACAAGGUUUCUGGGGUCGGGACUUGUGGGCUUGCAUCUCUGACUGUUGCUGUUCCCACCGCCCCGCUGCCCGCCCACCCACGCCCACCACACGCAGACCCCUUCGUCCCCCUCAGGGCCCCUCAGCCCUGCGUCUGUGCUGCUGCUGAGGCCACUAGCUGGGACGCCGCUCCCUGUGGCUCCCACCCUCACCUGGUAGGUGCUCCCAGCCGGGGCUGCGCCCAGCGCCCAGCACUGUGCAUUGUUUCCAGGGCCCCUCACGGUGGGCUGCAGCCCCCCAGCUGCCUCCCUCCGGUGCUGGCGCAGCUAGCAGUGGGGGGCUGACCCCCGUUCGGACUUGACAUGGUGCCGUUGUGCGCGUGCGGGAGGCGCGAGGCUCCUCUGCCGCAGAACAAAUGUGCUCUCGGGCCGAGCUGCCUCGGCUUCUGGGUGUGUGUGUGUUUGGGGCGGCAGCUCUGAGCUGCAUUUCUGGGCCCCCCCCGGGGUAUGCUCGGAUGAACCUUGCCUUCGUCUUUCCGUGGUCGUGGGGGCCGGUAGGGGGUCUCCCAGCACUGGGGCGAAGUGCCCACCUGGCCUGCGGGGCACGCGAGUCCCUCGUCCCCAAGGAGGGAGAGGGGCCAGGGGGAGUCCGGGUCCGAGUCGGGAGAGUGGGCGGCCGCCACACAGCCUGCACGCCGGAGGUUGGGCGGUGGUGGGCACGGAUGCGGGGUGUGGGCUGAGCAGCGCUGGAAGCACGUCCCCAGCCCCCGGGCUUCACUGCGCUGCCCCUGGGCCCCACCGUCCCGCUCCCCACACAGGCAGCCUCGCUCCUGCUGACAGGAUAACCCUGGAGAGGUGUGAGCACGCGUCCUCCCCGGGGCGGAGACACAGCAGUGGGGAGGGGCGCUCCCCCUGCCUGCU